AUGGCGCUCACGAUGGGCUCGCGUAUCCUCGGAGCUCUGGCUCUUCUUGCCUGGGCCGUCUGUUCCCUCCAGGGCUGCCAGGGCUCCGGCGGUGAGUCGGCUCCCGACAGCAUCAAGGGCACUGAGGACCUGAUGUCUCAGAAGGCCCACGGCACCUGUGUGGGCCCGCCGCAGAACCCGCUGCGUUGGGGUGCCGACUACGAGACGGCCGACCGCAUCAACUGCUUCAACCGCCACUAUGCGGAGUUUGCAGGCUCCUACAAGAACACCGGCUUCCCAGAGGCGAUGGCGGCCGCGGAUGCGGCAGGCGACAUGAUGACGUUCUAUGAUUCGAUCACAGGCAAGCCCUUGUUUAUUGCACCAAAGAGCCGGAAUUGGGGCGACUUCGACCGGGAGAGCACUGCGCAUGGCUGGCCCUCCUUCCGCGAUGAGGAAGUCGUCCAGGAGAACGUCCGUGUGCUGCCGGACGGCGAGGUCGUCACAAGCCUGCAGCAGGGGCCUUCCUCUUGGGCGGUGCUUGACCCGGACCUGCCGGAGCUUCCCCGCAUCCUUCCCGAAGGGAAGUUGGAGUGCUUUGACCCUGCGCUGGGCGGCCGCGGUCCGGCGGAGGCCCGCAAAGCGUGCCUAGUGGAGCUGUUGAGAGCUAAGCUGCUGAGUGCCUAUGAGGCAGAAACCUCAAAGGCAAAUUUGCGGUCCGCCCGAGUGCUCAUCUCGAAGGUUCCGAGCCACGCCGCCAUGCCCCAGCAGUCCGAUGCAAAAUACCUCGAACACCUGACCGAAGUCCCUGGCGGCUGGUCCCUGGCGACCGUCAUCGACGCCUUCGCCAACUUGGCGCAUUACAGUCAUGAUGCUGCGAAGCGAGCUCGCGAGGCCGUGAGCCGGCGGCUGGUGGAGCUCUGGGCCGCGCAGCCGGCGGAGGCCGAGGCCUGGCUCCAGCGCUUCGGAGAGCUGAACACGGCGACGAAGCCGGAGCGCCUCUGCGAGGCGCUGCUCCGCCACGGGGCGGCCGAGUGGGGGAAGUACGAUUGGUGCGGCGGCUGGCGCUUCUCCGAGGCGGGGCACCUCGAGCUCCUCCCAGCAGCGCAGCGGGAGCGCUUGACGGCUUGGUACCUGCAGCAGUCCCACACCCGGGAUCGCUGCUGGGAGCUCGCGGAGCGACUCGUGGCUGCGGAGAGCACGGAGACGGCACGGAAGCGGCAGAAGCUCGAGGAGGAGACCUCCGAGCGCCGGCGCCUCGAAGCGGAGCUGCAAACAUCGCAGGAGGAGGGCCGAGCGCUCAGCAAUCGCCUGGCUGUGGCGGAGGCGCAGGUGUCCAGCAAGGAUGCGGAGCUCCAAACUGCGCAAAGCGAGAGUGCAGGUCUCAAAGAGCGGUGCGAAGAGCUCGCAACGCGCGCUGCUGCUGCGGAGUCAGCCGUAGUGGCGAUGAGGAAGGAGCUCCGGCAGUUGCAGGAGGAGCAUGCCAAGUGCCAGGAGCGUUGCGAAGAGCUCGCAAAUCGCCUGGAAGCGGCAGAGGCAGAAGCUUCCAAGCAUGCCAAGACCAAAGAUGAAAGUCACAGCUUCCAGGACGGCUACCAGCGGGCUGCGGUCCACGUGGCGACGGGGGGCAGCAAGGCAGUCUUGCAGGACCGGUGCGAGCAGCUCCAGCAGCAGCUUGCCGAAGCCCGUGGUCAGCUGGAGGCUCUGUGGGAAGAGAGGGGCAUGUACAAGGAGCGCCUUCGCCAGCUCGCCGAGAGGAAGAAGCAAGAGUCCCCUCAUCAUCCCAGCUUCAAUCUUCGUGACGUAGCCUUCGGUGAUAAGGAGCCGGAUCUUGCUGAGCAACUGGGGUACAGCCUCGUGGAUGAAGGACGCGCCUCCGUCCUGAGUGGAUCCUCCGAUUGCUCGGUGAAGCAGAACUGCUUCAUGCUGGAUGCCAUCUUCAAGAGCCGCAUGGACGUCUUCCGCGAGGGCAGUGACCUCCAGAAGGGGUCACAGGUCCUGGCUGGUGAUGGCGAGACCGUUCUGGAGGUGGUCGAGAUCUCGAAGGAAGCGCGAGCUAGGGAAGUAGUCGACCUUAAGGCGGGUGCUGCAACACUGCGGGUGACCCCGGACCAUCCCGUGCAGGUCCCGAACGAAGGUGGUAAUGCGGGACGCCCUCUUUACGUGCCGGCCGGCAAGCUGAAGAUGGGCGACUUCGUGAUGCUGGAUUCAGGGGAGCCGGUUGCGCUCACCAGUGCAGAGACGCUGCCCAUGGAAUGCAACGUGCUGAAGAUCGUCUUCAAGCCGGACUUGCCUGUGGCCGUCUUCUCGAGCCCAUCCUGCAUCCUCAGCAAGGGACACCAGAAGUUGCAGACUCGUCGUGGGGUCCGUGGUCGAGGCAAGGAGACGGCCCAUCCGGUAGAUGAGGGUGCUUCGAUUCCGGACACAGCGGCCGGGGAGUACAUGGACUGA